AUGGCCGAACGACCUCAGAACAUUGGCAUCAAGGCCAUUGAGCUAUAUUUUCCCAGCCAGUGUGUCGACCAGGCAGAACUCGAGAAGUUCGAUGGCGUUAGCCAGGGCAAAUACACCAUUGGCCUUGGUCAGACCAGAAUGAGCUUCUGCGACGACCGCGAAGACAUCUACUCCCUCACACUCACCACCGUCUCGACGCUCCUCCGCAAAUACAACAUCGACCCAAAGUCGAUCGGCAGACUCGAAGUCGGCACCGAAACCCUCCUCGACAAGUCAAAGUCAGUCAAGACUGUGCUCAUGCAGCUUUUUGAGCCAAGUGGAAACACCAACAUUGAAGGCGUCGACACCGUCAAUGCUUGCUACGGAGGCACCAAUGCCCUUUUCAACACUCUCAACUGGAUGGAGUCGUCAGCAUGGGAUGGCCGCAACGCCAUUGUGGUGGCUGGUGACAUUGCUCUGUACAAGAAAGGCAAUGCCAGACCCACCGGAGGUGCCGGCUGUGUUGCCAUGUUGAUUGGCCCAGAUGCACCUUUGGCAUUCGAGCCAGGUCUCCGUGGUAGCUUCGUCAAGCACGCGUACGACUUUUACAAGGCCGACUUGACCAGCGAGUACCCGCUCGUUGACGGCCAGUACUCGAUCAAGUGCUAUACCGAGGCGGUAGACAAGUGCUACGAGGCAUACAACGGCCGCGAGAAGACGCUCAAGAKCCAGGCGAACGGUCACGCUAACGGCGUGAGCGCAGGGCAGGAGGCUCCCAUCGAUCGCUUUGACUACAUGUGCUUCCACGCACCCACGUGCAAGCUGGUCUCCAAGAGCUACGCUCGUUUGUUGUACAACGACUACCUGGCCGACCCAACCAACGAGCUGUUCAAGGAGGUCCCAGCCGAGCUGAAGGAUCUGUCUUACGAGGCCUCCAUCACCGACAAGACCGUGGAGAAGACCUUUAUGGGCCUGGCCAAGAAGCGCUUCGGCCAGCGCGUGCAGCCUUCUAUCCAGGUUCCUACCAUGUGCGGAAACAUGUACUGCGCGUCCGUCUACGCAUCCCUCGUAUCUCUCAUCUCGAACGUGUCUUCGGAUGACUUCCAGGGCAAGCGCGUGGGAAUCUUCUCCUACGGAUCUGGUCUCGCCGCCUCGCUGUUCUCACUCAAGGUCCGCGGUAGCACCGAGGAGCUCCGCAAGAACCUUGACCUGCAAGCCAGACUAGACGCUCGCCGCGUUGUCGCGCCUGAGGUUUACGAUGAGAUGUGCAACCUGCGUGAGAAGGCACACCUUCAAAAGGAGUACCAGCCAAAGGGUAGCGUGGACACCCUUCUCCCAAACACUUACUACCUCACCAAUGUCGACGAUAUGUUCCGGAGGGAAUACGAGGUGAAGAAGUAA